UCCUGAUCAAACUAUCCAUCGUCGACACUGAAUCCAACCCAAGCUUCUUCUUUAGCGUUGCGCUGCUAUCCCCAUCCUUCUUCCACUUCCCUUCAAAUACGCACGGAUCUCUCGAUUUCCGUGGCAUCAGAGGUCACGAAUCCCAAAUCUGAUAAUUGAAACAAUGGCUGAGCAAAAGGCUGCAAUGAGGAAGCCUGUUUUCACUAAGGUUGAUCAGCUUCGUCCUGUGACAAGUGGGCACACUCUCAUUGUCAAGGUUGUCAGCACAAAGAUGGUGGUGCAGAGGGGACGCCCUGAUGGGCAACAAUUUCGCCAAUCACGUGUUGCUGAAUGUUUGGUUGGAGAUGAAACUGGGAUGAUUGUUUUCACUGCAAGGAAUGACCAAGUGGACUUGAUGAAAGAGAAUUCAACUGUUAUCAUUCGAAAUGCAAAAAUCGAAAUGUUCAAGGGAUCAAUGAGGCUUGCGGUGGAUAAAUGGGGCCGAGUGGAGGUCACAGACCCGGCUGAUUUCACCGUUAAGGAGGACAACAACUUAUCUCUGUUGGAGUUCGAACAGUUGACUGUCGUUCAAGGUUAACUUGAGAAAAAUCUAUGCCAAGAUACAUAAUCUAGACUACCAGAAAACUAAUUUUGAUUUGUUCCUUUGUUUUUUUUUUUGGUGGUUAACUGCAUUGGGUUUAUUCUGUCUGCCCAGCAGUUUUAACUCCUGGACAUCAUCUGCUGCUACAUUUCUCUAGAUUUACUUCCAAGUUUUAACUUGAUGGCAUUUCCUAUUUCCUAUCA